UUCCCAUCGUAUUUGGACUUUAUUCUCGUAACAUAACUUUUUCCACAACCUAAUUUUCCAUCUUUAUUCAUUUACAGACUUUGUUUGACUUUUUCUUGUUAGAUUACAAUUUUUUUCUCUUAAUAUUUUGACUUUAUUCUUGUAAAAUUACCGCUGAUUUUCCUCUUCUGCUGUUGUUGGGUGGGUUUUUUGGGGGGUUUUCUUGUUCAGUAAUAUUUUUAGAAUGUGCCACCGUCCACAAGUGGCCCCCGGGCCGCACUUUGGACACCCCUGCUAUAUACAAUACCCAUUUUACUUCACUGUUUAGUCACAAUAAUCAAUGUACUGUAUUUUAGGUGUCUCUGCCCCAUACCUACGUUUUGUAGGAUGACCAAGCAGGUCUUACCUGGGCUCGUACAAAACGUCCAGACAUCUCGUCACAGAGGCUUGAUGUGAAAAAAAAAACCCAAAAACUUAAAAAUCCUCAAUUUUACAUCCGUCAGUCAUAGAGAAGUAUGAAAGGGUUGGCAUGAUGAAAGCAACGUUUGACUGGCCACUGUGCCAUCCCUCCACUUCUAUUAAACCAAGACACACAUUUCCUUGAGGACCAAGCACGGCAUACCGGGAGCACCGAUGUGAUUUUCGCUCCUCCCAAAAAGCCUUUUUCUCUUUUCUUAAUCUGAUUAUGCCUGCUGGAUUAAAAGACGUACGCGCGCAAAAGAACAGGAAAUGUCUGGAGAAAGCGGAUCUGUUGGAGUGGUUCAAGGGUCAUUUCUAUUCAAAGACAAUUAAAACCCUUAAAAUAGAAAAAUAACGAGAACCAUGAAGUGAAGGCCUAAUCCGGACUAUUGAAAGUCUGCGUACGUAAUCCAAUUAUUGUCUUACAAAACAACUUUCAGUCAAGAACAAGCUCACAUAGAGGUUGAUCUUCACAGGAUUAAAAAAACAUCUCUGGAUUUAUGGAUCGUACAUCGGGUGUCCAAAGUGGGGCCUGGGGGCUAUUUGAGGCCUGAAGUGUCUGAAAGGCACAAACUAUCUGUUAGAGUCUCAGUCUGAGUGUCUAUAGUGUUAGUGUCUCACACAGGGCGGCAGUGGCUCAGGAGGCAAAGCGGGUCGUCCGGAAACCGAACAAUCCUUGCUUCCUCCACCCCGUCGUGUCCCUGGACAAGAAAUACCAUCCGCCUUGCCUCCAGUGCAAAACACACACUGGUGUAGAAUGUUUGGUGGGGGUCGGAGAGGCCGUAGGUGCAAAGUGGCAACCACGUUUCCAUCAGACUACUCCAGCUGUAGCGGUGUCACACACGAGGAGUGAAUGAAUCAUGAAUUCACUUCAUUGUGAAGUGCACUGGGUGCCUUGAAAAGCACUAUAAAAUUGAAUCCAUUAUUAUUACAGAUACAUAAAUAAAUAAUACGUUCUCAAUACUAAGGGGCCUAAAGAAGCAGCAUCUCCUCGUGCCACAGCCUGACUGAAAAAGUGACGAGUCAAGUGACAAGUCCCUAGUCAAAAAAAAAGACCCCCCUUAAAUUCCAUAUACAGUUUUAACACAGCAAAUGUUCAGUUUGUGUUUUUUUGAGCUGGAUAAGUUUUUAAAAGGUCUGGGUUGCGUUUAAUGAGCCUGAUCUUAAAUCGUAAAAGUACAUCGUGUGAGCAGUCAUGCUGUAGAUCUCAGUUCUGAAGUACAGAAUUGAAGAAAAAAAAAUCAUAUCUUGUUUUUAAGUGUCAUAUCGAAAACAAAGGUGGGCCCCUGCAAAAAACAAAAAAUUGGGAACUACCGCUUUUCCUUCAUGCUGUUGUUAUAAGACUCCCUGCUGAGCACACAUACAGUUCAGUAUGAGCGGACCAGUCAACAUUUGCAGCUGAAAACAAAGGAUAUUUUCCAGAAAUUGAGGGAAAUUCUGGCCUUCCAUCAGAUUUUCUGUGCUGGUGGAAAAUCUGGCCGACUGCCUGCAGGUGUGCAACCUGUUAUUUAUUUAUUUAGUUUUUUACUGGUGUGCAUCUUUUCUUUUUUAUUUCCAUCCAUCCAUUUUCUAUACCGCUUCUCCUCUUUAGGGUCGCGGGGUCAUGCUGGAGCCUAUCCCAGCUGACUUCGUGCGACAGGCGGGGUACACCCUGGACUGGUCGCCAGCCAAUCGCAGGGCACAUAUAGACAAACAACCAUUCACACUCACAUUCAUACCUAUGGACAAUUUAGAGUCACCAAUUAACCUAACAUGCAUGUUUUUGGAAUGUGGGAGGAAACCGGAGUACCCGGAGAAAACCCACACACACACGGGGAGAACAUGCAAACUCCACACAGAAAUGACCAAGGGAGAAUCGAACCCAGGUUUUCCCGAUCUCCAGACUGUUACUGUGUUGGCCAAUGUGCUAUUCUUUUUUUUAUUUCUUUCUUUAUUUGUUUUCUUUUCUUUUCUUGUCUUUUUUUAAACAAGAACUUUAUUUAUAGUCAAAGGGACAAUAAAAGUGCAAUCUUGUAUUAGUACAUAGGAGCAAGCAUACUACAGAAAUAAAAGGAAAAUAAGAAAAGAAAAGAACAAAAACAAACGACAGAGGGUAGACAUUAAAAAGGAAAGUUUAACCCUUUUCACAAUAUAGAGUUACAAACUCAGUAUAUAAUUUGAGCAUUUUGGUCUUGAUCAGUUUAAGAUAUUUCAGAUGCAAUUUAAAGUCAUUUUUAAGGCAAUUAUGUAUGGUGGUUUUUUUAAUAUUUUGAUUUAUGGAGAUAGAAUGUUGCUAGAUUCUUUUAUUUUUAAGGCCAGGUUUUACCGACUACAGGAUGUAGUACGCCGAGGUUUCCCGAGUGUUGCCGAGCGGUCAAAAAGUGUGCUGCUCCGGCGGAGCCACAGAAGUUAAAAUAUGGAGACCUGUUUAAUUAAAACAGAGGAGCACCGAGAAAGAAUAGCAAAACACCGUAGUUUCUCAGUGAGAUUUGCAGUUGAGAAUAAGGCAUAGAAAAUAAAAAUGCAAUAGCAUUGAGCAAUCGGCGGGGGGCAGAAAUGUAUCACAUAAUGCUUCAGGAAAAGAAGAAGAAGAGUUUUCCGGCUUCACUCGUUGCAAACAUGGCGACUGAGGGAGAUGUCGAUUUGGACCUGGAAGCUGAGGAAAACUGCACUGGGAAGCCAACUGAAAAGCCUCGCAAACAUGAUAGCGGCGCUGCAGAUUUGGAGAGAGUCACCGACUACGCGGAGGAGAAAGAAAUUUCCAGUUCCGACUUAGAAACGGCUAUGUCAGUCAUUGGAGAUAGAAGGUCACGAGAACAGAAAGCCAAACAAGAGAGAGAAAAAGAGUUGGCCAAAGUGACUAUCAAGAGAGAGGAUGUCGAGUUAAUUAUGUCAGAGAUGGAGAUUUCGAGGGUGGCAGCAGAGCGCAGUCUGAGGGAACACAUGGGCAAUGUGGUGGAAGCUCUGGUGGCGCUGACCAGCUGAACACACACACACACACACACACACACAAGACUGUUUGACUGUCAGACCAGCGCUCCUUAGAAAUGAACUCAAAUCUUUAAACAUUGUGGUGUAACUUUUUUUUUUUUUUCAAGUAAAAGCAAGUAUUUCAACAACCCAUCUCGUC